AUGUUGAUUAAAGCCAGGCUUGGUGAUGUCCAAAAAUUUGUUAGAAUAACGGAGCCAGAUCUCAAAGAGUUCUUGAUUGCAGAAACUGUCUCCAUGGUACCAUCUCCUGAGCUGUCUACAUCCCUUGAAUCGUCUGAUUCUCACGACACAAUCAUCCUCUCAGAAAGUCCUAAACAGCAGAGGCUGGACACAGAAGCCAAGAACUUGGUGGAAUCCACUCUUACCAAGAAACCUGGUGGGGAACGCAUAAUGAAUGAGUAUAAUCGAAGCAAGUCCCUGACAGAUGAAACCAGGAGGAAAAUGGUGAACAUACUGGCAGCUGACAUGACGGAGAAGAAUGGUAUAUCACCACCGAGACAGGUGAAAGAAAUGUAUGCCAGGGGCAUUGUGAACUUAUUCCCCUACCUCAGUGAUCCAUUCUCCAGGACCGGUUAUCAUUAUCUGAAGGAACAUCUUGGGAAGAUGGGCCUGGAGGACCAGCUGCCAGACGAGAGCCCCAGUGUGUUCCAGAGACUGUGCAACCCAACAGGCACCAAACGGACUUGGCAGCAGCUAAAGAUGAAAUAUAAAAAUGUAGUUCAAACAGCCAACAGAAAAAAGGCUGAGGCCCGCAAAACAGGUGGCGGUCCACCACCACCACCUCUCACAGAGGCUGAAAAGAUGGCCCUCAGUCAGAACAGUGGACGACCCAUUGCUGAGGGCAUCUCUGGGGGGAGUUCAUCGGACCCACCCACGCCCCAGGUCACAGGGGCCUACAUAAGAGUUACUGAUGGUGUAAUCUGUCUCGUUGAGCCUUCUGCCAUAACAGACCUCCAUGCUGUUGAGGAUGAUGAAGAAACCUUAUCAGCUGCCACAGAGAGGGAAGAUGCAGAGAGGCCUGCUGAAAGCCAUGCUGGAAAUUACAAUGGGGAAGAAGGUCCAUCAACCUCCACAGCACAGCUUACCUCACUCCCUGUGAAACAACUUUACAAGGUAUAUUUAGAAUCUCAAAUAAACAAAUCACACCUAGAAAUGGAGCACAUAAGGCUGCAGAUCACCAAAACAGAAAAGGAAAUACAACUGCUGGACCAUCAGUUAAAGGAAAUAAAGAAGACCUCAUAA